GGUAUCGAUCUUUUUUUGUUCCUUCCAGAAGAGUCGUUGAAGCAUGGCCGAUCCUGCCGUUCUCAAGCAAAUCAAGAUACAAACCGGUGUGGUGAAACGCUUGAUUAAGGAACAUGCUUCCUAUAUAAAAGAAGUUGAGAAGGAGACGCAGAAGAUUGAGAAAAUGAAAGCCGAAGCUAAAAAUGAGGACGACGAAUACGCUGUGAAGAAAGCCGGUCAGGUCCUACAGGAAACUCGUGGUAUGAUCGGUGACACGGCUCGACGUUGUAUGACGGCCACAGCAGCUCUUCAGAAAAUGCUCGACGAGAAUUCUUUGGAAGAAUGCCAGGAGCUAACCGAUGCCAAGGCACAAAUCGAAGCCGCUUCAGCUAUCACUGUGUGAGCAGCCAAAUUCUCGCCAAUUCUUUAUUUGUUUCUGUUUUCAUUGCCUUCAUAAUUUUAUACUUUGUACGUUCUUUUCGCUUAUUGUACCCUGUGUUAUUCGAUCUCAUACUCAACC